UGGGCAGUGUGAGAAGUCUAGACAUGGACCACAACAGCUACCCAAUGAAGAAACUGGGCUAUGACAGCAGGGACUACCAGAGAGCGAAAUCUAAUAGCUGUGACUAUUAUGUUAAAUACUUUCUUCUGUCUGCCAGCAUCAUUCAGUUACUGAUCAUCCUGGGGCUUGUCCUCUUCAUGGUCUAUGGGAAUAAUCAAAAGAGCCGACAGAGUCACCUGGAGAGCAGUCGCAACCAAUCAGUCAAGUUCAUCGAUGAUAUUAAUGAUCUGCAUGCCAAACUGAAUAGACAGCAUAAAGAAAUUGAGAAAUGCCGGUCCACGGUGUUCAAUGUAACAAACGAUUUGAUGAGGACCAACGUGUCUUUGAUGGCAUGUUCCCAAAAGAACACCACCAAACCACAGCCAGGCCUCCGUCCACUCCCUUACAACACGUUCCUGCAAAGACAAUUUGGAAUAUGGCCAUACGAUGUGCUGAAAAGAAACUAUUCAAUCAUUCAAAGGCAGAUGGUAAGGAUGAAAGCUGAUAUUGAGCUCCAACAGGCGAAACACAACUUGGAAGUGACAAAACUGAAAAGUCAGAAUUUGGAACUACUCAGACAGCUGACAGAUCAGAAAGGGAACUGCACAGCCAUGAGCAAGGACUUUAAGACGAUGAUGGAGGAAACCACCAUGGUUUAUGCAGAAGGAUUCAGGAAGGUUGUGGAGAAGAUAGGAGGGCAUUAUGACCCCAACAAAUUGGAGCAAAUGAGAGCAAACUGCACACCACUGACUUCCAACUUCCAGAGGCAGCUCCAACAGAGGAUCGACAACUUUGUCGCAAACUUCAAACACAUCUGGCAGAGUAACAAUGAACAAUCCUCAAGGAUAAGCAACUUGGAAAAGAAGAACGAGGAAUGUCAGCAAGAAGCAGCAGCCCAGCUCCACCAAUUCAAGACAAAAGAGUCUCAGAUGCAGGGCGAGAAGGAGAAAUACCUCGCAGAGAAGGUUAAGCUCCUGGAGGAACGGAAUCGGCUGAAAACUCAGCUGGCAGUCUUCAACACCAAUUUCCUCCUCAACCCUGGAUCCAGCAGCACCAAACCAAUGCCCUGCCAAAAUGAAUUUAAUGGCAGGAUAAAUGGAAUGAAGACAAAUGGAUUGGAUGGAGGGCACUGCAGCCUUGUACAGUUAGAGAACACAAUCCCAUCACCCAACAGCUACAUUCAGUGGAAACCUGGUAUGCUAAUCGAUCUCAAUGGGAGAUUGAACGUUAAUUUAGACCCUCUGUAUAGACAACAGUUCCCAUUAUCACAAGCAAUCUAACUAUUGAACUGAGUGAGAAGACAGAGAGGGUCAAGGAGCAAUUGCUUUGAUCACACUGCUUUUGGAUCUUGAACAUUUUACCCCAAAGAGUGUUUGAGGCAGAAACAUUGCAUCAUUUGAGUGAAAAUUAUUUGAUGUACAGGCAACUACAGAACCAUGAAUAGUCAGGGCAGUGGGAUUAGUUAGGGAUUGAUACAGGGCUGUGGGGAGAGAAUGGGGCACUGGGAUUAGUUAGGGAUUGAUACAGGUCUGUGGGGAGAGAAUGGGGCACUGGGAUUAGUUAGGGAUUGAUACAGGUCGGUGGGGAGAGAAUGGGGCAGUGGAACUAGUUUAAGAAUUAACACAUGGAUAUGGGGAGAGCACUGGACAGUGGGAUUAGUUUAGGGAUUAAUAUGGGACUUUGGGGAGAGCGUGGGGCAAUGGGAUUAGCUUUGGGAUUGGUACAGAGCUGUAGGGCAAGAAAGCAGGGUAGUGGGAUUGAUUUCUGAUUGAUAUAGGGCUGUGGGUAGAGCACAGGGGAGUGAGAUUAGUUUGGGAUUGAUACAGGGUGAUGGGGAGACAGAGCAGGGCAAUGUAAUUUGUUUGAGUAUUGACACAGGGCAGUGGCGAGCGAGCGGGUCAGUGAGAUUAGUGUAAGUAUUGAUGCAGGGCUAAGGGGAGAGCAUGGGGCAGUGGGAUCAGCUUAGGGAUUUAUACAGGGCUGUGGGGAGAGAGCAGGGCAGGGGGAUAGUUUAGGAAUUGAUCUAAUAGAGAGCCAGCAAAAAUAUGAUAAGUUAGAAUAUUGGUCAGUGCUGGAAAGAUGACUGGUUCUAUUGUUGCACAGAUGGAUCCCAUAAACCCUCCUGUGCCAAUGAUUUAGUUUAUUUCCUGUCCUCAUUGCAUCUGUCCAGACUCACUGAUAGGUAAUGGAAGUUUCAUUUAGGAUUGACCUACCAACGAGACCAUGCUGAUAAUAAACUUCUCUUCCAAACAUUCCAGCCAUGAAAUCCAAUAGAUAAGAAAUCUACACAGGGCAGAGUUACCUGGGCAAUAUUAGAUUAGAUACUGCUAGAUCAGGUGCUGGGGUUAUAGCUAUGUUGGACAUGCCUGGUACAAAUGGAUUGUUUCAGGUUAGGCUUCAUUGCAGAAGCAGGAUUUAGUAAAUGGCUGGUCUAAGUAACGAUCAGUAUAAUGGGAUUCCACUGUGUGUGUGUGUGUGCGCGCGUGUGUGUGUGUGCGUGUGCGUGUGUGUGCGCGUGUGUGUGUGUCUCUGUGUGUGUGUGUAUGUGUGUGUGCGCGAGUGUAUGUGUCUGUGUGUGUGUGUGCAUGUGUGUGCGUGUGUGUGUGUGUCAGUGUGACCAUGUGUGUGGGUCAGUAUGACUGCAUGUCGAUGAUUGUGUGGGUGUAUCAGUGACUGAACAUCAAUAUAAUUGUUUUCAUUAUGUUUGCUGCCAUGUAUUUGACUAAUUCCAUAAUCACUUGUCACUGAAUGUAAAGUGUGAAUGUGUAAAUUUAAGCUCACACCUACUCAUUGUUAAAAUUUGUAACCUAAAAGAAAUAAAUGAGUGGAGUGAUGUGACUGGUGUUAAUGAAAGUUUAUAAAGCCGUGGAUAUUAACUCAUCUUUAUUAAUCACAGCAUUGAGUGUUAUUUCUGAGAUAUUAACCAAAUGAUAUUAAUGAAUAAACAUGAACUAUUGUUAGUGACCAAUGGAUAUAAACCAGUGAAUGUUUAAUCAUUGUGUUAUUUUCUGAAUUUAUGAGCGUUGACUAAUGGAUGUAACUUCAUUUCCCUCUCCCACUUCCACAAUUACUGGUUGAAUUUUGACCUUGUAACCUAUAGGUUAUGAAUUCAAUGACUGGAACACUAGUUAUAGUUACUAAAGUUAUAUUAUGUUAGUAGCAAUUUGCUCAGUACAUUUAUUUGCGGUAAUGUUUUUUGAAGAUUGUGAUUAUUAGAUUUGCUUGGUAUUUUCGUGUCUGCAGUAUGUAUGCCUCCCAUUGUAUUCUGCAGCCCUUCUCCCUAUAUACCAGACUAACUUCUACACAUCUGAUCUUUACACAUUAUGUCCUCCUGGAGUUGGAGGUUGUGUUACAGCUCUGGAUCGAUUUAACCUGUUCUCUACUUGAGGGCUGCAUUCGUAAAAUCAAAAUAGAGGCCAGGAAGAUGGAGAAAUGUUAUUAAGCUAACUUUGUGCUUUGAAAAUGCUAGAAUUCAUGUUAUCAGCUUUUAUGCUAUUUGCUUAAAACAAAUAAAAAGAUGUUAUUUCAUUUAAAUCAAUAAAUGAGUGUUAAAUACUG